UGCUUCUCCACUGCCAGGUGUCAAAACGUUAGGUCAUUGACCUUUCUCCAUCCGUUAAACAGAACAAUUCCGUUAAAAUCUCUAACUGGCGCCACCCAAACUAACGGUUGUAACUGAGAGCCGUCUAUUCUAUUCCAGGAAAUCCCUCAAAACCAACACCACCACUUUUUUGUAUUCUCGUUUACCAUUCUGCGGUGGGGGGAGAGAACAGAUUUCAAUUGACCAGAAAAAAAAAAAAAAAAAAAUCUUUCUUUUGGAUUACUACCAUCUCCCCCAACAAAAUCAAUCGGAACUCUUUUUGAGUCUAGGGUUACCGGCGGGUGAAAUCUUCCCCGGCCGGAGCUCCAAACCCGGCGACAAAUAUGCUGGAAGAUAAGCCCAUUGACGAUCCAAGCGACCCAGAAACCGAGGAGGAGGAAGAAGAAGAGGCGGAAUGCGAUCCGGUCGAAUUGAAAAAAUCGAGAAACAAGGCCCUGACCGAAUUCCGUUUCAGGGUGGAGCAAGCCAUCCUUGGGCACUACCUGCUUGUGAAAAGGUCCAAGAGAAAUCCGCCCAACGAAAACAUCAAAAAUGACGAAUUGAGCAUCAAAUUGUGGGGUGUCCCUUUGCUGCCUAAAGAAGGGCACGAGGGGACGGACAUUGUUCUGAUGAAGUUCUUGAAAGCCAAACGUUACAAGGUGCACGAGGCCUUCACGUUGCUCCGAAGAACCCUUAAAUGGCGGGCCGAGUUUCGGCCCGAUGAAAAUCUCGAGGAAUUGAGGCCCGAGAUUGACAGUUUGUGGUUCUCCAGUGGCAAGGAUAAAGAGGGGCGCCCCCUUUGCUACACUAUGUUGGGUAAUGAAUCUCAGAAGAAAUUAUUGAGCGCGGGCGAUGAUCUGAAAUGCAGGGAUUAUUUGAGAUGGAGGGUUCUAAGUGUCGAGAAGGCGAUUCAAAAUCUCAAUUUUAGACCAGGUGGGACCGAUUCGAUUAUCCAAAUCAUUGAUCUGAAGAAUGCUACUGGACCUGCGAAGAAGGAGGUUCGGUUGAUCUACAAUAAGAUGAUGACCUUGGUUCAUGAUCAUUAUCCAGGCCUUGUCUACAAGAAUUUAAUCAUAAAUGUCCCAUCAUGGUUCUUGGCUCUCAACACAUUGAAUCUUCGACUCAUCACACAAAAGAGCAGGAACAAAUUUAUUUUUGUGAAGCCAUCGAAAGUCACAGAAACCCUUCUCAAGUACGCCACAGCAGAGAACAUACUGGUUCAAUACGGUGGCCUGAAGAGAGAAAACGACACUGAGUUCUCGACAGACGACAAAGUUCUUGAAGUGAAUAUCAGAGCAAAUGCCACUGGUUACAUUGAGAUACCUACUCUCGAGGCAGGGGUUACAGUGACCUGGGAUGUGACUGUGGUUGGAUAUGAGGUGGCAUACAGAGAGGAGUUUAUACCAGACGACGACUGCUCGUACAAGAUAUUGCUUCAGGACAAGAAAAUGGGAGAGAGCAUCAGAAACUCGUUUUAUAUCAGAGAACCGGGGAAGAUUGUCAUAACUGUGGUUAAUGGAUCAUAUGCAAAGAAGAAGGCUUUCUAUAGGUAUAAAAGCAGGCCAAGUGUGCCUAUCUUUAUGUUCAUUAACAAGUGAUUCAUUUGCCAAAACGAAAAGAAAAAAAAAAAAAAAAAAAGAAAAAAAAACCAUUUUCCAGUUGCUCCGCACUUUGAUGCUUCUGUUGUUUUUGUUCCGUUUGAAAAAGCGAGUUUUGCGCGAAUGGUGUGAAUGGUGUAAGGGAUUCGACGUUCGCUGCUGAACAUAUGUUUUUGCAUGUAUUGACAAUAAAUUGUAGAUAAUAUAUACUCGACUAUUGUAUCUGGUUUGUUUUCGAUUGUUUUAUGUUGAUUACCGUCGAAAGUAACCAGCCUACACUCCGGUGUCGUGUCUUGUUAGUUUUUAGUGGGUGAAUAAAAAAUUAUCGUGUAACGAGCUCGAGCCCGAGCUUGGCAAAUUUGGUGAGUUUGAACUUUUAGUUAUU